UUUUAGUCAGUUUGCAUGAUAUCACAAGGUAAUGAAUAUAAUAUCUGAAUAAAAAUGGAACAUACCAAUUCACGGAUUAUUAACAAAGGGGUGAAUAUGAAAACGUCUCAUGAAAAAGAAACAGAAAAUGAUUUGCGGGGAUACGUUCAAGAGUAUUGUGAAUCGUCGAGCAUACAAGGGUUAUCUUAUAUGAUAAAGAGCAGUACUUGGAUUGAAAGAUUUUGGUGGAUUAUUAUCUUCAUUCUUGGAAUAGCUGGAUCCUGCUGGAUGGUAUACAAAAUAACUGAUAAAUGGAUUACAACACCUGUGCUAGUUUCCUUGGCAACUAGAGAAGAUAUUAUUGAUGGUAUUCCGUUUCCAGCAGUGACUAUUUGUCCAGAAACUAAGAUAUCGAGGAAAUACCUGAAUUAUACAGAUGUACUCGUAGCCAGAAAUAAUUUCGAAAUGAACGAAAAUAUAUUAUUCGAUGCUAUGGCAGCUGUAUGCCUUCCAGAAAACCAUCUAUACUUUUCUCCUCAUUUAAGUAGAUCGAUCAAUUAUGCAGAAUUUUUCCAAGCACAUAAAGCCGUCGAUCUUGAUUAUUCUUAUUGCGUAUGGAUGGGUCAGGAAAAAAACUGUAGUGAAAUUUUAACGCCUAUACUAACAGAUCAAGGUUUGUGCUAUAGUUUCAACAUGUAUGACGUUAGAGAUAUAUACAGUGACUUGAAUACAAUGAAUUAUUAUGAAAAACAAAGUAACAGACGUCGAGACUGGAAUCCUGAUACUGGAUUUUCUGAUGCGGCUGACUUGGAAAAUAUGUACCCAAGAAGAGCUCUACUUAAUGGUGCUCAAAGUUCUCUUGUCGUGGUACUCUUGACAGAUAAGGAAGACAUCGAUUAUGCUUGUAGAGAUUUUUCUACUCAAGGAAUGAGAGUAACUCUUCAUACAGCGUCUAGAAUUCCAAGACUUGGACAGGUCUUUUUUUCGGUCGGACUUGAUCGUCUCACGACUGUGUCUGUGAAUCCCACAGUUACAGAAACUUCAGACAAAAUUAGAAAUUAUAGUCCCGAAAAACGUGGCUGCUUUUUUGGCUACGAGAGAAAUCUGAAAUAUUUUCGAUUUUACUCUCAAUCUAGCUGCAAUUUUGAGUGCUGGACCAACUACACCAUUAGUAAAUGUGGAUGCGUCGAUUUUUAUAUGCCACGUGAUUCUGAGACCAAAGAUUGCAAUCUAGAAAAACGUUUCUGUUUAGAAAACGCAAGAGUUACUUACAAUGCGGAUAUAUUAAGGGAGAGACUCAAUAAAGGAAAGAAAGGCCAAGGAAAUGCAACAACAAUAUGUAAUUGCAUGCCCUUGUGUUCAGAUUUAACAUACAAUGCAGAAGUAUCUACAAGCGAAUGGAUUUUCAAUGAUGAGGAUGAAGUAUUUGUAGAUGGUAUGAGAGAAGCAAUGUCUAGAAAUCGAGCAUCGGCCAUAAAAAUAUUUUUCAAAGACAUGUAUUUUCUACCAAACCGAAGGGACGAACUAUAUGGAACCUCCGACAUGAUUUCAAAUAUUGGUGGGGCUCUUGGACUUUUCACAGGCUUCUCCUUGGUUUCAUUAGCUGAAAUAAUAUACUUUAUGUCCGUAAAAUUGAUCGAGAAUUACAGAAGGUAUAAUCAUUGGGCAGGUCCUAGGAUAAUGGUAGUUCAAGAAUGAAUUAAUAACCUUGGUAAUCAACGAUUGCUGAUUGUUUGAAAUUGGACAAAUGGUUCUUCGAGUUCGUUCAAUUUCUAUUGGAACUAAUAUCAUUUCCGUGUAUUGUGAUAUUUAUAAUUUCAUUGUAAUUAGGAGUUCAUUGGUCCAAUUAGUUAUGGUUUAUAUCGACUAAGAGAAGAAAUUAUAUUUACU